AUGAACGGGCCUUCGCUCUGCUACGCCACGGCCGAAGCAGCGGCGGGUGACGACUCUGGUCGGCUCGCCCUGCUGGAGCGGAGUCUGACGGCGCUGUGGGAGCGCGUGGAGGCCGGAGGGCAGCGAGAGGAGCAGAGGCACCGAGAGAUGCUGCAGCUCUACACAGACCUGCAGCAGCUCAGUGUUGGUGUGGACCGUCCGUCCCAUGAUGCUUUGCUGGCAGAGGUUUCCCGGCUGGAGGCGGCGCUGCAGGACGUGAGGCGAGACGUCGACGGUUUGUCCGACUGCCGACGAACCGAAGGACUCGAAGGACUCGAAGGACUCGAAGGACUCGAAGGACUCGAGCAGACGGUCUCUGCUCAGGUCCAGGAGGCGUUUCAGCUGUUGGUCUAUGGGAACCAGGAAGUGGGCGGAGCCUCCAGUGAGUCUCUCCUUCAUUGGUUGUCUCAGCAUUACGUCAGCGGUGUCGACCUGCAGGAGGCGCUGUCCUCGCUGGAGCUCCGCAUCCUGCAGAACGUCAGCCUGCAGCUGCAGCAGCGAGGCAGCGAGGAGACGAUCAGAGAGGCCGGCCUGCAGAUCUCGGGGGCCACGGGGGCCAAGAGGGCCUCGGGGGCUUCAGGGGCCGCCGUCACACAGGAGGACGUCCAGCAGAUGGUGAACAGCGCUCUGCGUCUGUUCUCUGAGGACCGAACCGGCCGGGCCGACUACGCGCUGGAGUCUGGAGGCGGCAGCGUCCUCAGCACUCGCUGCUCAGAGACGUACGAGACGAAGGCGGCUCUGCUCAGUCUGUUCGGGCUUCCGCUGUGGUACUUCUCUCAGUCUCCAAGAGCUGUGAUCCAGCCGGACGUCCAUCCAGGGAACUGUUGGGCCUUCAGAGGCUCUACAGGCUUCCUGGUGAUCCGGCUCUCCAUGAGGAUCCUUCCCAGCGCCUUCUCCCUGGAGCACAUCCCCAAGAACCUGGCCCCCAGCAGGACGCUGCACAGCGCCCCCCGAGACUUCAGCGUUUACGGUCUGGAUGAUGAGAGGCAGGAGAAGGGGAAGCUGCUGGGCUCGUUCACCUACGACGAGGACGGAGAGGCUCUGCAGACUUACUCAGUCACUGAGGAGAACGAGCAAACCUUCCAGAUCAUCGAGGUGCAGGUUUUGUCCAACUGGGGCCACCCGGAGUACACGUGCAUGUACCGCUUCAGAGUGCACGGCACGCCACACAGCUGA